GGAUAUUCUGCUCUAUGGAUUGAUUGUUCCUGUGACGCCGACCGCUCUGCACGAACGAGUCGGUCUAUCAGAGGGUGAAGGUGUGUUUCUGGUAGGAGCACGGAUCUGUUGGCGUCCUGGCUGAUCAUUGCACAGAACAACGAUGGACGUCUAUCUUACUGGCUCUCUACGGAGCCGCGCUGUUGGCAUUCUCGCCUAUCGCAGGCUACAUCGCCGAUAAAAUCCAAUCCCGGUGGUGGCCUCUGAUGAUCGGCUUGGUUGCCCUGGGCGCUGCCACUGCUCUCCUCUGUGUCGGAAAUCAUAUGGGUCUCUGGGUCGCGGGUCGUCUGUUUCAGGGAGCGUCCGCGGCCGUCGUGUGGACGGUGGGAUGUGCUCUGCUCGUUGACACGGUAAGUAGGGACGAGUUAGGCCAAGCCAUGGGGUAUAUCGGCAUGGGGAUGACACUGGGAAUCAUGGGAGGCCCUCUUCUGGGAGGUGUCAUCUACGAGCACGGGGGAUACUAUGCGGUCUUCGGGUUGGCGUUUGGGCUGGUCGGGCUGGAUAUCGUGUUCCGACUUGUUAUGAUCGAGAAGAAGCAUGCCGUGCGAUGGCUUCCACGCGAUCCGGUUCAGGAGGAAGCAGAAGACAAGAAGAUCAUUCCCCCUACCGCGGAGACGAACAAUCAGAAUUCGCUCGACAAACCACAACCUCCGUCCGAACAAUUACCGAGUACACCCGAACCCGCUACCGAGUCCGAUGCAACUCCUGAUAAAUCGGCGUCUCCGCGACCCCGAAAAGGGGCUCUAGGAGCUCUCCAGCAUCUACUGGCAUCCGAGCGCAUGCUGGCAUCCCUAUGGGCCUAUUUCAUCGUCUCGGUCGUUCUCACCUGCUUCGACAGCGUCCUUCCCCUCUACGUCGAGGAGACUUUCGGCUGGGCGCAAACCGGACAAGGACUUAUAUUCAUUCCCCUGUCGGUUCCCCAUAUCCUCGAUCCCUUGGUCGGGUAUGUCAUCGACACGUACGGCGAAUCCCGACGCUACCUGGCAGCCGGGGCACUCAUCGCCAGCGUUCCGAUCCUGGUCCUUUUACGAUUUGUCACCCACAAUUCUAUGGGACAGAAGGUGCUCCUCUGCGCGCUGUUGGUACUGACGGGAGUCUGCCUAUCCGUACUCCUGCCGUCCGUCAUGGUCGAGGCAUCAUACGUGGUGCAAGACAAGGAGGAGCAGACCCCGGAUAUUUUCGGCAAAGGCGGCGCGAUGGCGCUCUCCUAUGGACUUUUAAACUCGGCUUUUGCGGCGGGGACCAUCAUCGGGCCCUUCUUUGCCGGCUUCAUUCGUGAGAGUGCCGGUUGGGGGACGAUGACUUGGGCGAUGGCCAUCUUGACGGGGGUGUCGGUUGUUCCGUCGUUGCUGUGUCUGGGAGGGUUUCGACUGACGCGGAGGAAGAGCGUCGGCAAUUAACGUGUCCCAUAUCAUUUGACAGAGUACAUACUGCAUAGUAUAUAGCCAUGCAUAAUCAUUAAUUCCAUCGAACGAGAACGGUGGAUCAUCCCCCGCAGGCCCCACUCUCAGUCAGCCAUGACCGAUGCGCCACUUGACGCAGAUCGUCUUCUCCAUCUUAUUUUUCGGGAAUCGUUGACGGUUGCAGGAGCCGAUGGUGAGGAGACGAACAAGGAAGAGACAAUGUCCGAGGUAUAGUCCCCCAUGGCGUGGCAUGACUGGGGGGUAUUUCUUGUUCCCCAUUCUCUCUCGCUCCCCACAACUCUCACGGCAUCAACAACUUCAUACUCUAGAAUCAAUCAUGACGGUCCCACAGCCCCAGGUGCAUCACCCAGGCCUUGAUGCCACAUUCCAAGGGGUUCAGAAAAUGUCAGAUGGUAUAUCUGUGAAUCAAUAUCGAGGAAUCAAGUAUGCUCGAAUUCCGGGACGGUUUGAGCGCGCGAUUCCGGUGGAUGGUUUCGAUGCGAAAGUAGUAGACGCAACAAAAUUUG